AACAUCAACAAAUUUUGCAUUUGUUAUGAUACUUUGUAUUAGUGUAAUACCGCUAAUUUACGUCAUUCGACAAAAGUUACUCAUCAGUGUUAAAAAUCAAAUCAAAGAUGUCGAUAACGAACUUAUGAGCUGCUCAGAUUAUAAACUGGUUAAAAAUAAUACUAAUUAUUGGAUAUUUAUUAUAAAUAAUGUGUUAAUAUAUUGUUGGAUUAUAUCUAUGCUAAUAUUUGGAAACUCAUGGCUGACAAAAAUUGCUUUGAUCUUACCCACGGUUUUCGGAAGUAUUCUGAUAAUUCAAUAUGCAAUGAUAAUCAACAUGAUUGAGAAACGGUUCAAAAGCAUUAAUGUGACGCUUUUUAAGUUAAAAAGUUCUAUGCAUAGAACAAUUUUGAACGAUAUUAGCAGCAUUAAGUCCGCAUACUUUGAACUGUGUGACAUAUGCGAUAACACUGCUGACUUUUAUGGAAUUCCUACGUUGAUUGUCAUUAUUUUGUCUGCAAUCAGAAACGUAGGCAACUAUUACGAGAUGAUUUUGAUGUUGCUUUCUGAAGCUGAGAUGCGGAAAUCAACAUACUGUUCUGGAGUAUUUGCAGUGCAAACGUUUUUCUUAUUCACAAUAUUGACUACUAGUGUGACGAGACUUCUGAAACAGAAUGCAGAAACGUCUAGAAUCAUCAAUCAGCUUUUGGAUCGAUUCACAAUUAAUCAAGCAAUAACACAAAAAUUGUUCAAGUUUUCAAAUGAUCUCUGGCACAUGAAGGUAGAGUUCACACUUUGCGACAUUGUACCUUUGGAUCGUUCUCUUCUCACAAUCAUUUCUGGUACAACUGUAACGUAUCUGAUUAUUGCAGUUCAAUUUCAUUUCAGCAAAACUGACCAAAAGUGAAACUUACAGACAAAACUUCAAAUUUUAAUUCUAUCUACCAAAUCGAUACUCGGUUGAUAUUGCACAAUUUUAUCAUAAUGUUUUCUUACGAUUUGAGCGUGUGGAUUUCUAUUAUAUCUUUUAUCUUGAAUAUAAAUUAUGCAAUUAUACUAUUGUAAAUUCAUAAUUAGCAUUGUU